AUGAUGGUCAAUGCUACCAACUUCCUUGUCGCUUUAUUGUCAAUCUUCCUACUCUCGCGGGUUGCGAAAUUCAUCAAAGGGCUCAAGGCGGUGAGCUACCUUCCAGGAUACAGGAUUCCAUUUUGGCCUAUCUACGUCCCUGGGGUCCUUCUGCCGACUACAUGGUGGAACAUGGGCUUGGAGUUUCCGUGGCGCAGACGCUUCGACGUAUAUCGGAAUUUCCAGAACGAAAGCUUCUCUGUUGUCCCCUGGCUCCUUGGCCCCGCCGGAAUAUACACUUCGAAUAUCGACAUCGCCCGUCAAGUUACAACGGAAGGCCGCAAGUCGUCGUUCUUCAAACCCCAAGAGACCAGUCGAUUGUUUCUACUAUGGGGUAUGAACCUUUCAGCUUCUGAAGGCGAUACAUGGAGAAGGCACCGACGAGUAAUAGCUCCAGCAUUCAACGAGGAUCUAUAUAACCUCGUCUGGGAGCAGACGCUACAGACAUAUCGUGAAAUGGUCGACGCAGAAGGUUGGGCCGAUAGGGACGUCGCCGAAUUUCCAGCCGUCCAGAAACUCACGUUCAAGCUUGCGCUCCACGUUCUCGGCCAUUGCGCGUUUGGAUUUCCCUUCGACUGGUUGACGCCGGCGAAACUGCCCAAUGGUUUCAUGUCCACACACGAGGCCCUCCGCAUCGUUUCCGAUACAACCAUCUUUGCCGUCGUUGCACCGAGUUGGAUAUAUAGGCUACCUGUGAAAUGGAUCCAGGAAAUUCGCAUCGCCUAUGAAUAUCUGGCGAAAUUCAUGCAUGAUCAGGUCCAAGAUCGCAAACACACUUUGAACGCAGCGGUGAGCGACAAGGGUGUGCGGGGGAAGGACAUCUUCACGAUGCUAGUGGCGGCCAAUCAGUCUGAGAAUGAUAAACUCAAGCUGAGCGAUCAAGAAGUUAUCGGGAACAUCUUUCUUAUGUUAUCUGCCGGACAUGAAACAACGGCCCAUACCCUCGCAGCGACCCUGGGGCUCAUAAGUUUGUAUGAAGAUAUCCAAGAUGAUGUUUUACAGCAAAUAGCGCAUGUUGUCGGUUUCGAUCGUGAUCCUACCUUGCAAGACUACCCCAAGCUGACCAAAGUGACGGCAGUGUUCUACGAGUCGCUCCGAAUGUUCCCGAUCAUCCACUUGAUGGCCCGUGAAGCAAGUGAGGAUACGACACUGUCUGUCCCUAACCCUGUUGGCCAGGCGGGCAAUACGGUUAUUCCUAUCCGCAAGGGAACACAGGUGAUUGUAGAUAUGAUAGGCAUACAAUACAAUCCUCGUUACUUCAAUGAACCCGAGAAGUUCAAGCCCUCAAGGUGGGACGGCGUGUCUAAUGAAUCAGAGGAGUUCACCGCUUUCAGUUUCGGACCGCGAAUGUGCAUAGGCCGUAAAUUCGCGCUCACCGAAUCCGUGUGUUGGCUAACGAUGCUCCUCCGUGAAUGGCGCAUUGAGCCGAUCUUACAACGCGGCGAAACGAAGGAGGAAUGGAAAAGACGGGUCAUGAAUGGCAGGCUGGUUCCAGUUCUAGCCAUCACUGAGGUGCCGGUUAGAUUUGUGAGGAGGAAUAGGGUGUAA